GAACGCAUGUGCCAUGAAAGAUACUUCAAAAAUAUGAAACAUAAAUGAGAUACGGGAAAAAUAUUGAUUUUUCCAUAUCUGAAGUUUCAAACUAAAUUGUUAAGUACAAAAUUCGGGGUGUGGGUGCUGAAUAUCGAGGAUACUUUUAAGGCGUAUGUUAAAAUAAGAACAGCAGUUUCCUCCUUGCAAGAAAAAUUUAUUUAUAAGUUAUUUGUAUACAUAAAUAUCUUUCAUUUAAUAUUAAACUAAAGAAAGUAUCCCAUAAUAUUGGUUAAUAAGUGAACAAAAAUAAUUAAGAAAAAUGCGCGCUCAUUUUGCUGGAGAUGUUAUUUCGCACGAAAGUGUUGAUAGAAUUGAACAGGAUUCACCGUCCUUAGAGGAGCGCAUCGAGGAAUUCAAACGUGACUCCAAAAAAAUGGAAGAGUUAGAAGAGUUUAUAAAUGAUGUACUAACAAAAGCAGAAGCAGAGGCAAUUAAGAAACAAAGUUCUAAACAUAACAUAGGUUCGCAACAGACUAAGGAAAAAACUCGACAGAGUUUUACUAUACCAGAUUUCAAGAAUGGAAAAGUGGUUAAUCGUGCACGAGGAUUCGUUGUGCGCAUUUUCGAUGCCAUCUGCAAUUGCGCCAAUACCGCUGCAGCGCCAGCACAACGUAUUAAAUUACGCGCCAAACGCGCUCAAUCUGCUGCAGCGGCAGCUGUCAACAGAAAUACUAAUGCCACCUUAGCGGAUGAGAAUGGUGAAAAAAUGGAUUUAAAAGAGGCGAAAGUCAAAAAACAGGAUAAAAGUAAAGAUAAGUUAAUUGAUAAGAAAAAGGACGACAAAAUUCAACAGGAGGAAAAAAUGGAAAUGUUACAAUCUCAAAAUUAAAUAUAAUAUAUAACAUUUGUAUUCAUAUGAGCCCAAGAGAUAUACAGUUUAGUAAUAGUAUCUGUAUUAGGAAUUUGUUAAUAGUAUAAAGUCGGUAUUAAAUAAUUCCAUAUUCUAAAAGUUCCUCCCACAAAAAUGUAUUGUAUAAA